AUGGGUAAGCUUCCUUCUUUUAUUCUUUGUUCAGUUGUUAAUGGUGGAAGCCAUCUUUCUGAUUUCUACUCUUUUUCUUCUUCUUCUAACACCAUUGCUAUCCACAUCGAAGCCUUAAGUAGGAAACCCAUGUCUGUUAGAGGAAAGGGGGAAAAAGAUGAUCGCUUCGAUAAUGUUAAUGAUGCUUUGAUUUUGUUCAAUAAGAUGAUUGACAAGUACCCAAAGCCUUCCAUUGUGGAAUUUAAUAAAUUAUUAGGAGCCAUUGUUAGGAUGAAACAUUAUGCCAUUGUUGUUUCUAUGUAUAGACGGAUCGAUUUAUUGGGCGUUUCCCGUGAUGUUUAUUCUUUGAACAUCUUGAUUAAUUGCUUUUGUCAAUUAGGUCGAAUUGAUUUUGAGUUUUCUGUUUUGGGGAAAGUGCUGAAAUUAGGUGUUGAACCUGAUGUUGUAACUUUUUCAACUUUGAUUAAUGGGAUUUGUAAUCAAAGUAAGAUUUUCGAGGCCGUUAGUAUGUUCGAUGAAAUGACUGAAAGAGGGUAUCAACCUAAUUUGAUUGUUUGCAGUACAAUACUUAAGGGGUUGUGUAAGAGUGACAAUACUGACAGAUCUGUUAGGUUUCUAAGGCUGAUGGAAGGAAGAGGUUUUCAACCCAAUAUUGUAGCAUAUAGUACUGUGAUUGACUGUCUUUGUAAGAAUGGGUUGGCCAGCAGGAGGAGGGCAACAAGGCUUUUGAAUGAAAUGGUUGAUAACAAUAUUUCACUUAAUAAUGUCACAUAUACUAUAUUGAUUGAUGCACUUUGCAAAGAAGGAAUGAUUUUGAAAGCUGUAGAAACUGUUGGCAUAAUGAGAAAACAAGGCAUUGAGCCCAAUGUUGUCACGUAUAAUACAUUGGUUGAUGCACAUUGCAAGGAAGGGAUGGUUUCUGCAGCUGAGGAUAUUGUUGAUGCAAUGAUAAAGCAAGAUAUUGAGCCUGAUGUUGUUACCUAUAAUGCAUUAAUCAAUGACCAUUGCUUGCAGAAUGAAAUGGAUAAAGCUAGAAGAGUUUUCAACUUGAUGAUUGAGAAGGGUUGUGCACCUAAUAUAGUUACUUACAGCAGUCUUAUGCAAAGUAUGUUUCAAUUAGGGAGAGUUUCAACUGCAUGUGAACUUUUUAGGAAGAUGCUUGCUUCUGGACAAGUUCCAGAUAUAGUGACCUGUUUGAUUUUGCUGAAUGGUUUAUGCAAAACAGGUCAUAUCAAAGAGGCAUUGAAACUUUUUCAAGCAAUGCAAAACAGUGGGUUGGAACUUGAUAUUGUCCCAUAUACUAUCCUAAUUGACGGGUUGUAUAAAGCUGGGCAUAUCGAACUUGCCAAGGAAUUAUUUCAGCAACUCUCAAACAAUGGUUUAAAACCGAAUGUUUACACAUAUUGUAUAAUUAUUAAUGGACUGUGUAAAGAGGGAUUGCCAGAGGAAGCAUAUAAGAUGUUUGGGAGCAUGAGAGAUAAUGGUUGUUUGCCUAAUAGCUGCUAUUAUAAUGUAACGAUCCGGGGGUUUCUUCGAAACAGCUUUACCUCAAAGGCAACAUAA